AUGGCGUGCAAGGCUCCCGCCGUCGCAAUUGGAGACUUCGAAGGCGCCGUCUCGACUUCGACCUGCAAUACUCCGAAUGAAGAGACACCCCUGAUUCGCUCAAGAAGGCGACAUUCCUUUCAGCAUGCGAGACGGUCGUCGUGCGAUUACGAUGCAGAUGCUGUUUUUUUACGGGUGGAGGUCUUCCUUGUCGAAUUAGAACGACGUCUACAAUGGCUCGAAGAAUACCGCAAAUCUCACAUGGAAUCCAUAGACGCUAGCAUGCGAAGAGGAUAUGCAGCACUAGAAGCCGUUCGAGACUCUUGCUGUGCGGCAUCCGGCGAGCUAAUGGGAGGCGGCAAGAGGCGAGCCAAAAUCUUGGUCGAAACACUCGAAGAACGAUACAACGAAGCUCUAGCGACAAAAGAAACUCUGAGCGAAAAAGCGUAUGCAGGCAUGCGACUUAUGGAGUCAUUUUUAAACGAUAUCGAAGCCAGAUCUCAGCUAGUCCGUGAUGCAGGAAUAACGGGUACCUUGGAUGAGGGUUGGAAAGCCGUUGACUCGGGAUUGAGUCAUGCUCGGGAAGCUGUCAACGAAGCGGUUGACGAGGGUAUGGAGAGUAUUCGACGGGCCAAGGAAGCCUUGCGCGAGAGUAUAGAUCGUGCUAUCCUGCUGGCACAGGAGCGCCGCACAAUCCACUACCAUGACUUGCCGCAUCCAUGGAGAGUCAACCCACAUAUUCUACAAGGCUAUCGAUUCACGGCAUCCACCAAGGAGUGCAUAACGUCGGUGUUUUCCUUUUCAAACGAGCUAGUCAACAUUUGGUCUCAUUUAAUCGGCCUGUUUAUCGUCCUAUCGAUCGCAUUUUAUUUCUACCCGCUCGAUCCGAAUUUCCAUCUCAGCACAAAGGCGGACAUCAUGAUUGCCGCUGUCUUCUUCUUCGCGGCCUGCAAGUGCCUUGUCUGCAGCACAAUCUGGCACACCAUGAACGGCAUCGCCAACCAAAAAGUCAUGGAACGAUUCGCCUGUGUUGACUACACGGGCAUUUCAUUUCUUGUUGCGGCGUCCAUCAUGACAACUGAAUAUACCGCGUUUUAUUGCGAACCAACCUCUCGCUGGAUCUAUAUUCUUCUCACUUUCUCUCUCGGUGUGGGCGGCGUCAUCCUCCCCUGGCAUCCAACCUUCAACCGUUCCGACAUGUCCUGGGCCCGCGUCGCAUUUUAUAGCACUAUGGCCAUGACCGGAUUCGCACCAUUAAUCCAACUCAGCUACUCGCGUGGCUUCGAAUGGUGCCUUUAUUUCUACGCCCCCGUCGUGAAAAGUAUCUUGGUGUAUGGCCUCGGUGCCUGCAUCUACGCCUCCCAAAUCCCCGAACGCUGGUUUCCCGGAUUGUUUGAUUAUUGCGGCGCAAGCCACAAUAUCUGGCACAUCGCCGUUCUGGGCGGGAUACUGUUUCACUAUUUCGCGAUGCAGGAAUUGUUUGCCGGUGCGUUUUUACGGGCGGAGGGCGAGUGCCCUAAUCUGACUUCUUAG